UUUCCAUCUGGUAGACCCAAGGAACUCAGGAACUAUAAGAGUUAUAGUUGGCAAAUUUGGCAAGAGGCGGGAUUUGAGAAGCUGGCAAGAUGGGCGAGGUGCAGAUGCUGCUGGAUGACCUGGGCCACACGUUUUCCAAAUUCAAGGAGCAGCGACGCAUCGAGAUGCUCAAGCUAUUUAGCCAGGUGCGUUGCUGCGAUUGCGGCCACAAGCUGCGUAUGCUGGACGUCCAGAAGAAGGCCGCCAAGAUGUCAGCUGGCGCUAAGAGAUCGCUAACGGCUUGCCUAAUGGUCCUGCUGCUGCUGGGCGGUUUCUGGAUCUACAUGACGAGGCGGUACAAUCAUGUGGCCGCCUUCGGCAGCGGCGCCUGUGUAGCCACAUUCUUCUAUACUAAUUCCGAUUGCGAUGUCUAUGUCUAGCAUUGUUCACCAUUACCAUAUUAAA